AGAAUUGUUCGAGUCCGGCCCACAUUGGAAGAUCGGAAGAGAACCCAUUUGUCCUGUGGAGCAGAGUUUGUUCAUCAUAGUUCUUCUUUGCAAUUUGCGAGACGCCCAUUGAUUCGCAGUUAAGAGCAGGAACCGGAGACGACGGGCAAAGAGAGCAGAUCAGUAUGGAAGUCCAGGGCUCCUCGAAGAAGAUGAUAGCGACGCAGGCUGAAAUGGUCGAGGCUAGGGUUCCAAUUCCUUACAGAGACCAGUGCGCUCACUUGUUGAUCCCUCUCAAUAAGUGCCGCCAAUCCGAGUUCUACCUCCCAUGGAAAUGCGAAGACGAGCGCCAUUCCUACGAGAAGUGUGAAUAUGAGCUCGUGAUGGAGAGGAUGCUUCAGAUGCAGAAGAUCCGCGAGGAGGAGGCCAAGUUGAAAAAGGGUAUUCCUCUCAUCCCCAAAACUGCCAAUGUAUGACGCCAAUCAUCAUCAGUUAGGAAGCUGCGAAUUGCUGACAUGUCAAGUUUAGCUAUUUUCUGGUGCCAGCAAUGGGAAGAUAUUUGAAACUGUUUGGUCGCUUUGUAAAAACUUAUAAUUUUGAAUGUCAUCUUUCCAAACCUUUUAUUCUGUUCAGCAUCUGAGAAUAAAUUUACCACCCACCAAAAAUUGUAAACUUGAUCUUUUGAUCUCUUUUGAUAAAAUAUCAUCUGAAUCUCAUUUUGCUUUGUGGAUUUCAAAUA